AUGCCUGCCCCGGCCGCAAUCCAAGCGGCAACGCUUGACAAGUUCAUCGAAGCCUGGAAGCAGUGGAGUCCGGGCACCUUCUUCACCUCCUGGACCGACAACUGCACCAUGAGGACAUUGCCCUUCAGCGCGGGGAUGCCGCUUCGCUCGCGGCCAGAGACGGAGGAAUUCCUCCCGCUCCUCAUGGGCCUUAUGUCCAACUUCGAGCUCACAGUACACAACGUCGUCCACGACGCGGCCCAGGGCAAGGCUGCCAUCUAUGCCCUCUCCAAGGCCGACACGCCGGUCGGGCCCUACAGCAAUGAGCAUGCUCUCUUUGUCUGGUUUGACGAAAGCGGCGAGAAGGUAACCAAGAUCGAGGAGAUGUUUGACUCGGUUGUUAUCAAGGACUUCUUUCCCAAGGUGCAGGCCUACAUAGCGCAGCAAAAAUCGCAGGGGCCGGCAGCUUAA